CGUUUCAAAUAAAUGGAUGAGAAUUGACAGACUUAAUUUUCUUUAUUAAUUGCAUGUCUACAUCGAUGAAUAUGAUCUACGUAUACGUGUCCAAUUAUUAUAUAUAAAUACAGAUAUAAUCGUAGAAACAAACCAUAAAUUAAUCCACUAUCAAUUUCUCUAUACUCAAAAACAUUAGGUUCAUAUUCAAAAUGAAGUCAACGAUCAUAGCAGGAAGCACUCUCAUUAGCUUGGCGUGGCUUGUAAUUAUGGCCAUAGUAGCCACAGCUCACGAACCCACGAACAAUCCAGUUCUGGACACCACCGGAAAUCCUCUUCGGCGCGGGGUUGAUUACUACAUCAAGCCGGCCAUCACGGACAACGGCGGCAGGUUUACGCUGGUCGAAGGGAGCGAGUGGUGCAAGCUGUACGUCGGCCAGGAAAACGAUUCGAGCAGCGAAGGGUUACCGGUAACCUUUGAACCGUUCGCGGAAGGCGAGGAAGUGAUUAGGGAGAUGAGGGAUUUGAAGAUCACCUUCUCUGCAAACACCAUCUGUAUUGUGUCGACCAGGUGGGAGUUGGAAGUAGAGAGAGAUGUGGAGGUGGGAAGGAGACUUAUUGGGACUGGAAGCUCGGGAACAGGAACUAACUACUUUCGAAUUGAGAAACAAAAUGGGAACUACAUCAUCAAUUGGUGCCCUAAUGAGUUCUGUUCUCGGUGUAGGAUCGAUUGUGGUUUUGUUGGGGCUGUGGUCAAGAAUGGAACGAGGUUUCUGGCUUUAGAUGGUUCUGUUCUUCCUCUGGUUUUUGAGAGGGCUCCAUUGCAGUCAUUAACUAACAUAUAGUUAAUUUGUAUAGAUAUAUGAUUUUAAAUAAAGUUAAUAAUUGGUGUAAUAUUAAUUAACGUCGUGAUCAGGAGAAAUGAUUAUAUAAUAAGAAUAAGAAUAAGACCAUCUCAGUAGAUCAUGUAGAAAUUGUGCUCAUUUUAUUAUAUUAUUUGCAUCAAAUUUCAUAAUUUUGAUUCAAUACACAA